UUUAUCUUCUGAGGUUUCAUAUCUACUUUAUUACCUUCGGUGUAGAGGUUGGCUUGACCAUCUUAUUUUGCUAUAUGUUCAAUACUAUUGGUUGUAGGCAAAGUUGCCCUCGGAAUUUUAGUUAUGCUGACCACUUGGAUAUAACUAGAACCUGUUGCCUUCUGAAUCCUCCGAACAAAGCGGUACACAAUUAGGAUCUUUAUAGCUGAGUCUGUUUUCAGUGUUCCCCAACAAUGGAUUGCUCUGUCUUUUUCAAGCUCCUUUGUUUCUUCCUACUUUUAGUUGGCAUGUCAGCAGCUGUUGUUGCGGAUGAUCGUAGGACAUACAUCAUCCACGUGGACAAAUCAGCUAUGCCUUCUCCUUUCCGAGAUCAUCAUAGUUGGUAUAUGUCAACUCUCUCAUCCCUGUCUUCGCCGAAUGGUGUUCUUCCAACGCAUCUUUAUACCUACAACCAUGUCUUGGAUGGCUUUAGUGCAGCGCUGUCUCAGUCCCAACUUGAUCAGCUGGAGAAAAUGCCUGGUCACGUUGCCACGUACCCAGAAACCUUUGGAAAGCUCCAGACUACACAUUCCCCGAAGUUUCUCGGCCUGGAACCAAAUGUUGGGUUAUGGCCCGCAGCCAAUUUUGGGGAUGACAUGAUCGUCGGCGUUAUUGACACUGGAAUUUGGCCGGAGAGUGAGAGUUUCAGAGAUGAUGAAAUGCCCCCUGUUCCAGAGAGAUGGCGCGGUUCUUGUGAGUCUGGUGUGGAGUUCAACUCUUCUAACUGUAACCGGAAACUCAUCGGAGCACGCUCGUUCAGUAAAGGGAUGAAGGAAGCAGGCUUGAACAUCUCGAAAACAUACGACUACGAUUCUCCGAGGGAUUUCUUUGGACACGGGACACAUACAUCAUCGACGGCAGCCGGAAGCCCCGUGCAGGACGCCAGUUACUUCAAUUAUGCCAAGGGAACCGCGAUUGGAAUGGCACCGAAGGCCCGGCUUGCCAUGUACAAAGUGAUUUUCUUCAACACCACUUAUGAAGCCGCUGCAUCUGACACUAUAGCCGGCAUGGACCAAGCCAUAGCUGAUGGCGUCGAUAUCAUGUCAUUGUCGUUGGGUUUCAAUGAGACUGCUUUUGAACAAAACCCAAUUGCAGUGGCAGCUUUUACAGCCAUGGAAAAGGGGAUCAUUGUGGUAUGCGCAGCCGGAAAUAGUGGUCCUCAUGGUUUUACAAUCUUCAAUGGAGCUCCAUGGAUCGCUACCAUUGGAGCGGGGACCAUUGAUCGAGAUUAUGCUGCCAAAGUGACACUUGGUGACUACGGGGACCUCACUGUCAGCGGAAAAUCUGUCUACCCAUUAGACUUGUUAGUCUCCAGAGUCCCUAUAUACUUUGGCCAUGGAAAUAGGAGCAAAGAAAUCUGCGACGACUAUUCUCUUGACCCUAAAGACGUUGCCGGGAAGUACGUGUUCUGCGACUUCAGUGAAUCAUUCGGAUUUAACACGUUUGAAACAGACCGAGCUGGAGCUGCAGGAGCAAUCUUCAGUACCGACUCUGCCAUGUUUCUCUACCCAAGUGAUUUCAACAAUCCAUACGUGGCAGUGAUCCAAGAAGUCGGAAAUUCAAUCAAAGAAUACCUAAUCAAAGCCAAGAAUACAACUGUCAGUAUUAAGUUUCAACAGACAGUUUUGGGUACUAAACCUGCCCCAAUAGUGGCAAAUUUUUCUUCCCGAGGACCGGAUCGUAAAUCGCCAUGGAUACUGAAACCUGAUAUCUUGGCUCCUGGAGUUAAUAUUUUAGCAGCAUAUGCACCAAACAGAGGAAUUGCGCCGAUUGGAGAUGACUACGACUAUUUGCUUAGCGACUUCGUGCUUCUCUCUGGCACAUCCAUGGCGUGUCCCCACGUAGCUGGUAUAUCAGCACUGCUAAAAGCGGUACACAGGGAUUGGAGUCCGGCUGCCAUCAGAUCAGCAUUGAUGACCACGGCUUACGUGAUCGACAACGCGAACGGCACGAUCAUUGAUAUGACCACCGGAGUAGCUGGGACUCCUCUUGAUUAUGGGUCAGGGCACAUAGAUCCUGUCAAAGCCAUAGACCCAGGACUUGUUUAUGACCGUAGAGGUUGAUGCUGGAGUUGGAGAUGUCAGAAUACAGAGUGAUUCUAUUGUGAAUUAUGGGUAUUUGAGCUGGAAUGAGGUUAAGGGCAAGCAUGUAGUGAGAAGUCCUGUUGUUGCUGCUUUUGCACCUUAUCCAAGAGCAUGAAAGGUGUUGGAACUUAGAAUUGCCAAAAUGGUAUGUCAUAGUCAAAUUUUGACGCCUUACAGUUCUAAAAGUUGCAAAAUUUGGCAACCAUGCUGAAAUGGGUGAAAUGAUGAUAGUUUUUUUUUUCUUCUUUUUAUUUAUAAAAAACUAUAUUUGUGUGUGCCAUGUUAAAUUUGGCAGCUCAAAUAGCACAUGAGCUAAUGCUCUCUUGGCCCAAUUAUAAUAAUGGUAGUGGCUAUAACAAUUGCGUUAGAGAUGCUACGAGAGUAAGGGUGCCAAGAGAGUACCUUAAUUGUAUAUUAUUGUAUUUUUCUAUUUAUUGUUAUUAUUAUUAUUUUUUUGUUGGC